CACAGGUGCGCGCCACCGCCGCCGUGCGUGCGUGCGCGCUGCCUCCUUUUCGCGCCAGAGGAGGGCACAGUUACCUCGCUGCGAAUGGCGUCAGCGGUCUCCAGGCAACAGGCCAGUAGUCAGUCAGUCAGUCAGUCAGAUUUCUCAAUCAGAGCGGAGAGAGGAGGUAGCGGCGGCGGGCAUGGCGUUCUCACGGACCCGGUGCUCAUCUUUCUGCUUCACCGUGUGAACACACACACACACACCUCUGUGCUGUACUGGAGAAACAGCCCCGGAGCCGCAGGUACCGACAGAACCGGACGCGUUCACGCGGAUCCCGACGCGAAAGAAACGCGACGCAAGCCUCUGAGGGAAUUUCACACGCGCCGUUUCAUCCGUUGGAGUUUUGAGCUUUCUCUGAGAUCGCUGAGGUGUUUUAGACUUCAUUCAUGAAUUUGGCGUCAACAGACAAUUACUUUCCCACCCUCAAACUGUGGAGGACAUCUGACUGACUUUAACUUCAAAAACACGACGACUUUCGCUGGGAAACAUGCUGAAAUUUCAUAAUUCGGAUCUAUGGAUUGCUUGGCUGGUCUUUUGUGUGAACGUGUGUGUGUAUGCGCUGGAAGUGACGGUCAGUCAGAGCAGUGUCCAGGUGGCCAGAGGUCAGGCGGCCGUCUUGCCCUGUACUUUCAGCACCAGCGCCGCUCUCAAUAAUCUCUACAUCAUAUGGAUGGUCACACCGCUGGCCAACGCCAACCAGCCGGAGCAGGUGAUCAUCUACCAGAGUGGUCAGGUGUUCAGUUUAGCCAAUCACAUGAACGGGCGUGUGGGUUUCGUGUCCACCAUGCCCAGCACAAGUGCCUCCAUCUUCAUCAAUAACACUCAGCUGUCGGACACCGGGACGUACCAGUGCCUGGUCAACAACCUGCCGGACCGCGGCGGACGCAAUAUAGGAGUGAUCGGCCUGACGGUGCUCGUUCCCCCAUCCCUCCCGUCAUGUCGUGCCCAAGGCUCUCUGGACGUGGGCAGUGAUGUGAUGCUGUUGUGCGGCUCGGAUGAGGGGAUCCCGACGCCCACCUACGCCUGGGAGAAGUUGGAGUCGGUGCCCAAACUGCCCCACAAUGCCAUGCAAGAUCAGAUGCAGGGAACGGUGACGCUCAGAAACAUCAGCAGCGGCACAUCUGGACUCUAUCAGUGCACAGCAUCAAACGCCAUCGGAAGAAGCACCUGCGUCCUCAACCUGCAGGUCACCACACCUCAGCCUCAGAGUGUGGGUCUGAUCGCGGGCACCAUCGCCACUGGUGUUCUGGCUCUGAUCAUCUGCUGUUUGCUGGUGUUGGUCUCACUCUUCUACUGGAGGAACAAGAACAAAUACGAGGAGGAAGAGAUCCCCAACGAGAUCAGGGAAGAUGACCUCCCGCCGAAGCGAUCUUCAUCAGUGAAAGCGUUUCAGGCGGACGCCUCGUCUUCAGAGAACGACACUCUGACGUCCACCAACACCUACAACAGCCGCUACUGGCACAACCCCAAACCCAACUACGACACCAACUCCUACACGCGAUACAACGGCGACACGCGGCAGACCUUCAGUGUUAGCGCCCCUGCGAGACCAGCGUACGCUAACGGCAGCCACACACUGCCCCCGCCCAAAACUCUGGUGGUCACCACAAACUCCGCCCCCUCGCCACCUGUCAUCGCCCGCAGCAACGGAUCGCUAAGUUUGCGAACGCCCGCCGCUGGCACUACGCCGGCGGCGGCGACGGCACACGGACAGCAGCACACACACUCGUACGCCGUCAGCCAAGCUACACUAGAGCGCAUGGGCGCUGUACCCGUCAUGGUGCCCGCGCAGAGCAGAGCUGGCUCGCUCGUCUGA